AUGCUUGAUGAGCUGAAAGCCUUGUAUGCUAACAAUACCUGGACUCUUGUUCCUCGUGAUUCCUCCACGGAUGUUAUUGGCUGCAAAUGGAUUUUUAAAACCAAACUCAAUGCAAAUGGAACACUUGAUCGGUUGAAAGCUCGAUUAGUAGCAAAAGGCUUUCACCAAAUAGCUGAUUGGGAUACUAGAUACAGUCUUUCUGGGAAAAAAAAUGGGAACUACACCGUAAAUCUCCAAUUUGCGGAAAUAGUGUUUACUAAUGACAAAACAUAUAACAGCCUUGGGAAGCGUGUAUUUGAUAUCCAUGUUCAGGAAAUAUUAGUGGCGAAGGACUUCAAUGUUGAAGAUUACACCGGUGUUGCUCGAAAGGCAGUUGUAAAACCUAUAUCUAAUGUGAUCGUCUCAAACAAUAUUCUAGAGAUCAGAUUCUAUUGGGCUGGUAAAGGGACGACAAGAAUUCCUGAUAGAGGAGUUUAUGGUCCCCUUAUAUCAGCCACUUCAGUAGUUUCUGGUGAGUACUUUAUUUCGAACUCUGCCCGAAUGGUGGAACCAAUCGAACUGUUGACGUCAUUGUUGGAGUUGCAAUUAGAGCAUUAUGCUUAUCUUUUUAGGGGGAAUCCCUGUGACCCUGGACGACUAAAUUCGGUGACGGGGACUUUUAGCUUAAAACAAAUAAAAGCCGCUACUAAUGAUUUCGAUUGCGCCAACAAAAUUGAAGAAGGUGGCUUUGGUCCUGUUUACAAGGGUCAAUUACCUGAUGGCACUGUCAUAGCAGUUAAGCAGCUCUCGUCUAAAUCAAAAAAGGGUAAUCAGGAGUUUUUAAAUGAGAUGGGAAUGAUUUCCAGUUUGCAACACCCAAAUCUUGUGAAUCUUCAUGGAUGUUGCAUUGAAGGGGAUCAAUUAUUGUUGGUAUACGAGUACAUGGAAAAUAAUAGCCUUGCUGGUGCCCUAUUUGGUGAGUAAUAUGUCAUUCUGCUCAGCUGCGAGAUAUUAUGACAAAAAUAAUAUUGUUUGAACUAUUUGUGAUUUGAACUUUUAUGCAGCUAAAGUUUGCCUCAGCUGAGCUUAUCCGGCUUUCUGAUCUUAUA